GGUGCUAUUUCGUUAUUGUGAACGCACUCUCUCACGUCUAGUCUGCACUUUACUUGUAGAGUUUGCCAGCUGGGCGGUUCCAAUACUUAAAUUUGUACUUUACUGCUAAUUUUACGCGGUUAGUGAAUUUCUUCGUUACAGUUCAUUUUACCAGUGCCCAACACACAAACUUUUGUUUAUGUUUGAUCCUCUGCCAGCUGCGACAAACCCAAUUACAAAACAGGGCUAGACAGGGCGACGUACCUACCUAUUGUCUGGUCUCUGAGCUGAUGGCGUGACUGCGCGUGUCUGGUGCAGAGAGGAGCCGCGGUGAGGCGGGGCGAAGGGCGAAGGGAGGGCUCUAUAUGGCACAUCCGGAGCCAUGAAGGUGGACGCCGAAGCUAAGGACGCGCCCGCCGCGCCUGCUGUCACCCCCGGAACCUCCAUCGCUAGUAAUACAGACUCGCCUGUGUCAUCUCUGGACGGUUUCCCAACGUCAGAGACAUCAGACAUAAUCCCGACGCCCGACCGGGCGCUGCUCGCCAAGCUGGAGGAAGCCAACAGGCAGAUCGAGGCGGACGUCAAGAGCUUAGGGCUCAACACAGUACACAGCCGGAAGAACUCGGACACCUCUCAAAUAUCUUUGGCCUCUGGCACCAGCUCAAGCUAUGAGCCCGAGGCUCGGGUCGGCGGGAAUGGCGAGGAGGACCUGUGGAGCACGUGGGGCCGCAUCGUCAACAACUGGGAGACAGAGUGGAAGCGGAAAAACCAGUUCAUUCGGGACCUGGUGCGGCAAGGCGUGCCCCACCACUUUAGGGGCAUCGUGUGGCAACUAUUGGCCGGUGUGGACUCAUCACCGGAGAAGAAGCUUUAUGCAUCGUAUAUUAAGGCGAAGUCUGCUUGUGAAAAAGUGAUUCGCAGGGACAUUGCGCGCACUUACCCAGAGCACGAUUUCUUCAAAGAAAAGGACGGCCUAGGCCAAGAGUCCCUUUUCAACGUCAUGAAAGCCUACUCGCUGCACGACCGGGAAGUGGGCUACUGCCAAGGAUCUGGUUUCAUUGUUGGACUAUUACUUAUGCAAAUGCCUGAAGAAGAGGCGUUCGCGGUAUUGGUGAAAAUUAUGCAGCAGCACCGCAUGCGCGACAUGUUCAAACCGAGCAUGGCCGAGCUCGGCCUCUGCAUGUUCCAGCUUGAGAACCUGGUCCAAGAGCUGCUGCCAGACUUGCAUGUCCACUUUCAAUCACAGAACUUUAGUACAUCGAUAUAUGCGAGUAGUUGGUUUCUGACCCUGUUCACUACAACGCUAUCGCUCCCACUGGCCUGUCGCAUUAUGGACGUAUUUCUGUCCGAAGGAAUUGAAAUUGUGUUCAAAGUAGCCCUCGCUAUGCUCACGCUUGGUAAAAACGACCUCCUUUCGCUUGAUAUGGAGAGCAUCCUCAAGUAUAUACAGAAGGAAUUGCCAGCGAAAGCAGAGGCCGACCAGGAUGCCUUCAUGAAUUUAGCUUAUUCGAUUAAGGUUAACCCCAAAAAGAUGAAAAAACUAGAAAAAGAGUACACGGUUAUAAAGACCAAGGAGCAGGGAGAUAUUGCGGUGCUUAGGUGUCUAAGACAAGAGAAUCGUCUGCUGAAGCAGCGAGUGGAGCUCCUCGAGAAGGAGAGCUCCGCGCUGGCCGAGCGGCUGGUCCGCGGGCAGGUGGACCGCGCGGAGGGCGAGGAGGAGACGUUCGCGCUGGCGCGGGAGGUGCAGGCGCUGCGCCGCGCCAACGUCGACGCGCAGCAGCGGCUCGCCGUCAUGCAGGAUGAGAUACGCUCGCUCGAGAUGACCAUAGCCGAGAGCAACUCGAGGCAAUCAUCGCUCGAGGGCACAGAAGGGCAGGGCAGCGAGGAGCUGGCCCGUUGCCUGCAGCGCGAGCUGGUGCGGGCGCGGCUGCACGCCGCCGAGCGCGAGGCGGCCGAGCGCGAGCUCACCGCGCGCAUCGACGAGCUCGAGAACGAGAACAAGAGCCUGCGGCGGCAGCGCGUCGACAACAACGUGGCGCACCUGCAGGACGAGCUCAUUGCCGUGAAGCUGCGUGAAGCCGAGGCUAACUUAUCGCUGAAAGAUUUGCGUCAACGAGUCACCGAGCUCUCCGAAGCUUGGCAGAGGUAUCAGCAAGAACACAGACAAGAACCUACCACAGCGCCGGUACAGUCCAACGUGGUGUCGGACAUCAUGGCGACUCCCAAAAAACUACUCAGGGCGUGGGAGGGCCGCUCCGCCGACAUGCAGAAACUGGACGAGGAGCUCAUGAACACGAGGAUACGGGAGGUCGAGGCGCUCACUGAGCUCAAGGAGGCCAGGCUUAAGCUGAUGGAACUAGAGACGCAAGUGCACGUGUCGACCAACCAGCUGCGGCGGCAGGACGAGGAGGCGCGCGAGCUGCGCGAGAACCUGGACGCGGCGCUGCGCCGCGAGCGCGCGCUGCAGGCGCGACAGCGCGAGUCCCAGCACAAGUACACCGACCUUGAGAGCAAGGCAAAGUACGACUCGAUGCAAGCAAACAUUAGAAAUAUGGAGGACGCACAAAGGAUAGCGGAGCUAGAGACAGAAGUUUCCGAGUAUAAACUAAAGAAUGAAGUGAUGGCAACUGAAGGAGAGCUCCGGAAUAACAUGGACGAUACUGAGCGCGUGCGGGAGCUUCAGGAACAAGUCGCGGAACUUAAAGCAGAGGUCAUGAGGCUAGAGGCUUCCAAAGCGCGAUCCUUGGGUCUCAGCCACCAGUCCGUCAUCAGCCGCAACAUCUCCUUCGAAGACGACCCGUUCGACCUGGAAGAACUCAACAAAAACUAAAUUUAAUUAUUUCACUACGACCUCGGAUUGCAGUUUGAGUGGCAACAUUGUUACAAUUGAGCUCAGCUUACAAUUUACAUAUAGCUAAGAAGUGUUAUUGCUAAUUGCACACUGAGCUGCAAUUAUGCACGCUACUUACGCGCUCAUAAAUAUAGCACUAUAGUGUAAGUGCCAAAAUAUUUUUGUGUGCAGUUGUAGCCGACAACUGUAUAAAGGCAUGAGAUAAUACGUUAUUUAUAUUAUUAUCUUACCUAUUACAUAUGAGCGCCGCGCCGUGGCCUUGUUAGAUACUACUAUUUUCAGAAUCGCAAAUUAGAUAUUUUGUGGAGUCGAGGACGUUAACAGCGCCACUCCAAUUAACUUAUGGAAAUUAAAAAAGUGUUUUACGUCCGUAUAAUUUAAAAAUAUCAAUGAUAAAUAAAAAGUAUUGAUUUAAGAUAAUUAUUGUUAGGCACUGCGUUCCCUCUGCUUCAAGCAUUAAGGCAACGUGGUGUAGCCAAUGAUAUGGGAGCACCUACUGAGCGGCUAACAAAGUACUGGGAAGAACAUCAGGGGGGAAGAGAAUGCCUAAAGAAACGUGGUGGUGGACUCAGCCAGUGCAAACUGCUCUAGAAGAGAAGAAAAUAGCUUUUAAGAAAUGGAAAGUCACUAAAACGGAUGAAGAUAGGGAAGAGUAUAAAAAAUUCAAGAAAGCAGCCAGGAAAGUAGUCGCUCAAGAGUCUAAAGCCCUGAAAGUUAUUUAUGAUAGCUUGGAGAGUAAAGAAGGCCAGAAAAACAUAUAUAAACUUGCAAGGAGACGUAAUCAGGCAACUAAAGACAUCACAAAAACGAAACUGUUGAAGGGCUCGAGUGGACAGAUACUGUAUAGCGAUCGGGAUAUUAUACAGCGCUGGAACGAGUACUACGACGCACUUCUGAAUACUAAAAUCCCACCACUUCCACCUUAAGUCUUCCGACACUGCAACCGAAUAAAGGAAUGAUAGCACCUAUAUCACCAUCGGAAGUCAAUAAAUCUUUAAACAAGAUGGCCAACAAAAAAGCUCUGGGACCAGAUGGCAUUCCAAUUGAGGCGUGGAAGUCCUUAGGAGAUAAAGGCGUCAUAUUACUGUCAAAUCUGUUGAACUUUGUCAUGCUGGAGUCCCUGCGGGAUACGUGGAGGCUUAGCACCAUUGUACCUCUUUAUACAGGCAAAGACAAACGUUAUGAAUGCAACAACUACAGACGCACGAGCCAGUGAUCGAUAGCCGAUUACGGAUGGAAAGCACGCUCUCUUUCAACCAGUACGGCUUUGUGCCAGGCAUGUCGACCAUUGACCCAAUGUUUGCUCUCAAUACCAUCGCUGAAGAAUACCGGGCUAUGAAGAAACCGCUGGGUAUGGCCUUUCCGGAAAUGGAAAAGGCAUUGACCGCAUACUGACUCCGAACCAAUAUUGGUUGACAGACUGGAAGUACAGAAAUGCAACCAAUACAAAUAUCUCAGGUGCAUUGUGCACGAUUCCGGUUCACUGGAGAGUGGAGACCAACAUUCGACACAGGAUUGCGGUCGCCUGAUUAAAGUGGAGAGAGGUAACUGGUGUGACCUCCUAUAGUAAAAUGCCGAUAAAAGAAAGGCCUCGUGUACAAGACCAUCAUAAGGCCGGUCCUCACUUAUGGCAGCGAAAUAUGGCCAGUGACCCAGCGACAUGUCCAAGCCAUCCAUGUGGCAGAAAUGAAGAUGCUGAGGUGGAUGUCAGGCGUCUCCAGGAUUGAAAGGGUUCUAAAC